UGUGAGCAGAGGACUGACGAGGUCAGGACUCCUGCAGGACUGAGCAAACCCUGGAGGAGGACAGACCCGACCAGCCCUCCGGACCCCGGACCCCCAUGAGCGAGCAGCGGCCGCAGCAGCAUCUCUCCCCCCGCAGAGCGACAUGAAGGCGGCCGGCAGGCACGGCAGCGUCACCGCGGAGCGGCUGAACGGGGACCUGAAGCGGCGGCCCAGCUACCCGGGGGAGCUGCGGGCCAAACACGCCAACAUGUCCACCAAGAUCUGGGUGAAGGUGGCCAUGGCCAUCGCGUACUUCCUGUGCGUGUCCGUGGCCGCCUUCAUCCUGGUCAUCUACUACGUCUUCUUCUGGACGCCGGACAGGCCCGGCAACGGCACCAGCACCGAGGCUCCCAACUGCACCCAGUGCUCCAGGCUGGGAUGACUGACCAGCACACACACACUCAUACAUGCACACACAUGCACACACAUGCACACACAUGCACACACAUGCACACACACACAUGCAUACACAUGCACACACAUGCACCUUUCACCUGACAGGAGACGUCAGAGGUGGAUGCAGGGAGAGGAUGGAGCAGGGACCUGACUGGGGAUGAGGAGGCAGGAGCAUCAUGAUGCGGGAUCUCCAUCUCCAUCCAACCCCCCCAUUUCUGUGUUUUUAAGCCUUCUACUUCCACACGGGACACAAACAAACUCACUUUCCUGCAGGAUGAUGUCGCUCUCUGCUCUGAUUCAGCGAUGGGAUCAUGUGGAUGCUUUUAUCUCGUUGGACGGAUUCUGAUCCACGGACGGAGCUCCUGGGCACAGACAUGCAAAGCACCCCCCAACUCUUCCUCCUCCCCCCCUCCCCGGGGACACCGGGUGACAUUUAGCAACCAGAACCUCCUGGAGCCGGCCGACUCUCAGAGACGCUGCAGCGACAGCAGCCUGAGCAGGUAUCGGGUCACAACCACAGCACAAUGGAAAUCUAAAACAGUCUAAUUGUACUGCACAGAGCGGAAGUGGUGCUGCGAUCAGUCCAGUUAGUUAUUGUAUUCCUGUAACAACCUAUAAAAAAUUACAUAUGCAUCUGUUUUUUCUAUCAAAUCUGACAUCCUCGGCCGCUUUUCCAUCUCUUUGACACAUCUGAAGCCAUAUGAAUGAGAAAGUGACUUGAAAAUACACAAUUAAGAAGGACAACUCCUUUACUUCAGAGGCCACAACAUCACGUCACAGCAAAGACUUCCUACCCGACCUUUAAAAGACCCGGAAAUGGACUUUAACUGAAUAAAAUCAUACUCUGGAGCAGCAUCUAUGCCCAGUUUGGCCCUCAGUCAUCCAUCCAAGCUUUACCCCGUCCAAGCAUCCUCCCACCGAAGCCCCCAAGAGGACGUCCACCUCUCCGCACCACCGGAGACGUCUUUCUCAACACAUGCCUGCAGCAGAGGGAUGGACUUUUCCUCUUCUUCUUUUUCUUUCUCUGCCAAAGCAGGGUGUUGUUUUUCUUCAGGUACCCGAAGGAACUGAAAACGACCCUGUGACGUAGCGGACGUAGCCAGAACGAUCACCUCCAGUAGCUGUGUAUGAAAUGCAACGCGGCCACUCAGUGUACUCUCAGUCGUGGCAGCAGUUUAACCUUUUUCUUAGCCGCCUCACGGCGUCACGUUCGUACCUCUCCCGGACGACACGGGUUGUUCACUUGAUAAUCUAGGCUGCACUCCCUAAACCUACUAGACUGUUUUAUUUACUGUUAACUAAUGAUAAACUAUGCAUUUAUUCCA